AAAGAUGUCAAAUCAGCAGGCUGGGGAGUUUAAGCUCUCCCUGUUUUCGAAAUCCAGUAAAAAGUUUAGGAUGAGUAGAAGUAGGAGUAGUAAUAGAGCCAAGCAAAGGCAAUUAAUGGUCAGCUCUGAGAAGAGAAUUGCGGAGAAGAAAGGGAGUAAGGCAAGCGGAGUUAUGGGAGAUAAGUAAAUUGGGCGUUACGCCUUCUCAGAGGCUUAAAAGAAUUCGUUUAUCGAAGUCAAGAUUUUCUUCAGGACAGACACCAAAGGUUGGCUCUCGUGUAUACUUAAAAAGAAUGGCUGAAAAUUAUAAAAGUUUGACAGCUAGGAGGCCGGUGACACAAAGUCACAGUAGAAGACAAAUUGAGAGAAAUAUGUCUGCUACUAAAUCCAAAAAGAAGACAGAUAUUUCAACUGAGGAAGCAAGUGGAUUCAAGGCUGCUUGGGGAGCCAUAUCUAAUAAUUUUGCAACUUCAAGAAUAAGCUCUAGUCAAAUGGGAUAUCAAACUCAGAGAAAUAAGAAUGUUAACUUCUUUAGAACAAGGCUCAGAAAGUCUCCAAGAAUGGAUACCUCAGAACUUGCUAGCUCUACAGUUGAGGAAAAUAUGACUCUUAGUCCCAAAUUUGAACAUAUUAUGUCACGAAGUCGUAUGGCAAAACCUCAAGUAGAUAAGAAAUAUGCAAUAAUUGAUAACUGUAAAGAUCAGAUAAAACUUUGAGCCUCAAAAUUAAAUGAAAUAGUUCACUCUCCAAAAGUUGAUAUUCAAGAAGGAAGAAUGAGGAAAAUUAAUAUAGGGGCAUUAAAAGCUGUAUACUUUAGAAUUCCAUGCUAUGGAAAGCAAUCACCCUUAACGUUAAAAAUAGUACAAGACAGAUUAAAGCCAAUUCCUGAUAUUUUGACAAUAUACACAUCAUUCCAUUGAGAAUUUCCAGAUGGGGAAGAGAAUGAUCUCCUCUUCAGUGAAGGGAAGAACAAGAUAUAUGCUCCUAAAAAUAGUAGAACCUUUAACAUUGAUUACUGCUAUUUCUCUCUUCUAUCAAUGACUAAAGCUUCUUACUGCUGAGUUUACUAUUUCAACAAUACAAAUCCAGUCUCUUUGGUCUGGGACAAGGACCUUGGAUCUUACAAGACAUCUGGAGGAAGCCAAGUAGAUGUAAAAUUAUCCAGAAAUGAGGAGAAAUAUUUCAGCAUUAGUGAGCGCAAUGAUGCUUACAUAAGACAAUGCCUUGAUUCGGAAGAAGGGUACCAAAAGUUUGAGGAGAAGACUAAUAAUAUCUUCUAUGAUAGAGAUGAGAGCUUUCAGAGAAGGAAAAUCAUCAAUGAAAGGAAACAGUCUGAAGUCAAGAAAUAUUACAAAGAGGUUAUUCCCAAAGGAAUGACAGUUCAGGAAUUUAAGUUAAUCAUGGCAAAGAAGCGCAAGGAAGAAAAAGACGAAAAGUUACGUAAAAGAAUGAUCUUUAUUGCUAAUAAAUGGAACUACCUCCGUCAAGAGAGUUAUAAAGCUGAGAUUAUACAGAAGAAGAUCAAGAUGCAAAGGAACUAUGUUAAGACAUGGGUUGGGUUUAAAACUCUCCACUAUGGAAUCAGAAAGAUUCAUAAUGCAUACAUCGGGAAGAGAUAUGAAGUAAUUAAAGCAGCCAGAUCUAUGGUAAUUGCUAAUAAAGUCUAUUACAUGUAUCGUAAAAGAGAACUCUUGAGAGGAACUAAUGUUACAAUCAGAACUCACAAUACUAUCAGACAUAGCUUAGUUUUCUCAAGUGAGGUUCUUGCCAGCAAAUGUGAGUCGAGAGCUAAGCAAAUUUUUACUUCUUUCAUCAAGGAUCUCAAAUGAAAGAGGGCUUUAUCUGUCUCUUUCAUAGACUACUGGACUCAAAUUCUUAAAGUUAGGCACAGAUUUCUGCACAUAAUUAAAAUGACUAGUCAAAGAAUGGAAUUUUUGAUUGAGAAAUGGGAAGAACAGAAGCAAGUACUGAUUGAAGAAUAUGAGAAAGAGAUCUUGAAUAACAAGUCCAAGCAUGCCAAGAAGAUGAGGAAAAAGAUUAAAGGCAUUAGUGAUGGCCUUAGGUACAUUUGACUGAAGCUUUACCUAAACCAAUGCCGCACUGAGCAUAAUAUCGCAUUUUUUGAAUGGAGAAAAUAACCAUAAGGAAGAAGCCAAAGAGCUAAUCACAAAAUAUUCUGAGAAACUUAAGAAGAAAAUUGAAGAAGAAGACAAGAAGGUUGAAGAUAAGAAUGAGCUCCACAAUGAACUUCUUGGAGUGAAUCUUAACAAAGACACCAAUGAUAGCUUAUCUUCUCUAAAUAUUUCAGCCUCUGCGCCUACUUAUUCGAAAAAGAAACGGGCAAAGAAGACUGGAAUGAAGCGGCUUCCAAUCUUGGAUAGACUCAAAAUAAUGGAUGACCCAGAAGAGCAUUUUGAAAUAGAUGAUUUAAAUAUGAUUGGAAUUAAAUCCAAUGCAAAGCCAAGGAGGUUUAAAUAAAAGAACAACAAAGCAAACAAAGUUAAAAAUUGGAAAGAAGAGAGCUACUGCUCAAAAUAAGAUAAAUUAUUCAGAUCCGAAAGAUAUAGAUGUUGGAGAUUUCUUCAUGACGAAUAUGAUCAGAAAUAUGAAUGAUAAGGCUAGCACUAAAGUUCCUCGAAAAAAUCGAAAGACGUAUUAUAAAUCCAACAGAAAUAACAUGCCGAAGGUUGUUGAAGAAAAUCACCAUAUAUAUAAGGAAGAGACCCUUCAGAAUACAGGAACUGGGUAUAAAUUACCACCCAGAUUUUUAUGGGUGCCUUCUAAUCAUCUGAUUCGGGUUGCUAUUAUCCGCACCUGCUUCAUUAAAGACAUAGACAAACUUCUUGAAGAUAAUAUGAAGUCCAAAAUUGAAGUUACAGCUGAAGGAAUUGAAGUAGUCAAGCCAACAAUGGAAAACGUUAUUAAGCACUUGUAAGUUCAAU